GUAACACAUAUUUUCUUCCAGCAUCGCAAAAGGUUUGAUCUGAGAAUCAAUAAAACUCAACAUGUGGAAAUCUAUUUUGCUGAUAUGUGUUUUAUGUCCUCUUAUUGUAAACUCUGAUCCUUGUGACGGUUGCGGCGAUUAUAAAGAAGUUGACGUAGAUGACGAAACUGUAAAAAAGGUCGCAAAUGAGGUAUUUCAGCAUUUCUCAGAUCAUUUUUAUGGUGCUUAUCGCUGGAAAAUUGCCAAUAUCACCCAAGCUGAAGAAGCAAAGUGCUCCAAUGAAGAAGAAUGCGGAAAAGCUGCAUCCUAUCGUAUAAAAGUAACUGCUGUAGUUACCAAGUGCUUGAAAAAAGAGGUCAGUUACAAAGACGUUGAUGAAUGUGAACAGAAGGAAGACGCUAGCCAUUUUUACUGCAAGCUUAGUCAGACAAGAAAUAAGGACGAUAUCGCUGUUGGUUAUGGUACAGGUUGCUCCCAAAACGAAGACUAGUGCAUAUCUUCAAUAGGAGAUGUGAUAUCUACAUUAUUAAAGGAAUUUUGUAUGAUAUUAGUAUGUGGUGAUUUAACAUGUGACAUGUGAGUUUCAAUAAAAACCAUGAUGAAGCAGAA